AAUAGGCCCUUGAAUCGCUGAGUGUGUAUCUCUCGAGUGUUUGUUAGGUAGUUGGGGGGCGGGGGGUGAGGAUAGGAGGGAUGCUGAGAAUCUGUCUCUCUUAACCAGGCAGAGUCAUUAUUUCCAGGAUCUAGUCUGGUUUCCUUUAUCUCACCCUAACUACCCAAAUCUUCCUUAAAAUGGGGUUACAGGGCGCCCCCGCCCUCCUCCUCCAAAACGCUUGUUACCUACCCUUGCCUGCAGUCUCUCUGAGACCGAGGCUCCGAACGAACAGGGAAUAGAGUGACUGGAUUCGGGCUGGCGGUUGCGAUGCGAGGAUUCGGAGGCAAACGGCUGGGUGGGUAGGGGGAAGGACCCUCUCCGGGAGCGGCUUGGCGCCCCCGCAAUGUCCUCGGCGCCCACCAGAAGGCGCCCGGGCGCCCGCAUUCCUUGCGCGUAGCCGGAGCCUCCGCCGCAAAGAGCCCGGGAGUCGAGCCGCGCGGCGCCGCGAUCUAAGAGCCGGGUGGCGGCCUGAGCCCUCCCCGCCCGGCAAGUGGGACAGGGUGCCGGGAGCCCGGGCUUUGUUCCAGGGCUGGGGUUCCCGUUUCUCAACUCAGCUCACCACCCCCGCUGGAAACGCCAAGAACUACCCCACGCCGCGGUCUACAAAGCCCAGAGAGCCCGAAGGCGGGAGGGGUCGGGCGCGCUCGGGAGGCAGGCGGACCCCCACACUCUCCGGCUCACUCCCGGCUGCCCCAUCAGGCCGCCUCCAGCCCCAUGAGGACACCCAGGCCGGGGCUGAGAGCCUGGCGCAGCCCGGACCGAAAUCUUGCGGCGGCCUUAGAGCGUUAGACAGGUCAGUGCCCGGGCGGGAUGAGGGGCCGCGCUGGAGGCGGGAGGAGGCGUGCUCGCCGGUCCACCCUGUCCACCGCACAGUCUCCCGAGGCCACUCACGGGUCACCUCCGCCAGGAGUACCCAAUAACGUGGGCGUGAUUCUGCAUUUUUCGUGACAGGCAAGGUGUGGAGCUGCUCUCUGCAGCUCCCCCCGCCCCCAACCCUCGAGACCAGGAUGCGGCUGGGCCGCCGGGCCCUCUGUAUGCUGGUCCUGCUGCUCGCCUGCGCCUCGCUGGGGCUCCUGUACGCGAGCACCCGGGACGCGCCGGGCCUCCGGGCACCUCUUGCACUGUGGACGCCCCUGCAGGGCCCCCCCAGGCCAGAGCUCCCAGACCUUGCCCCCGAGCCCCGCUACGCCCACAUCCCGGUCAGGAUCAAGGAGCAAGUGGUGGGGCUGCUGUCUGGGAACAACUGUAGUUGUGAGUCCAGUGUGGGGAGCCUUCACCUCCCCUUCCAGAGGCAGGUCCGAGCCAUUGACCUCACCAAGGCCUUUGGCCCUGAGGAGCUGAGGGCUGCCUCUGCCUUGAGGGAGCAGGAGUUCCAGGCGUUCCUUUCAAGGAGCCAGUCCGCUGCUGACCAACUGCUCAUAGCCCCUGCCAACUCCCCCCUACAAUACCCCCUGCAGGGUGUGGAGGUCCAGCCCCUCAGGAGCAUCUUGGUGCCAGGGCUGAGCCUGCAGGCCGCUUCUGGUCAGGAGGUAUACCAGGUGAACCUGACUGCCUCCUUGGGCACCUGGGAUGUGGCAGGGGAAGUGACAGGAGUGACUCUCACUGGAGAGGGGCGGCCAGAUCUCACCCUCGCCAGCCCAGGGCUGGACCAACUCAAUCGGCAGCUGCAACUGGUCACUUAUAGCAGCCGAAGCUACCAGGCAAACACAGCAGACACAGUCCGGUUCUCCACCGAGGGACAUGAGGCUGCCUUCACCAUCCACAUAAGACACCCCCCCAACCCUCGGCUGUACCCACCUGGGUCUCUACCCCAGGGAGGUGACGCUGGCCAGUACAACAUCAGCGCUCUCGUCACCAUUGCCACGAAGACCUUCCUUCGUUACAAUCGGCUACGGGCACUCAUCGCCAGCAUCCGCCGCUUCUACCCGACGGUCACCGUGGUCAUCGCCGACGAUAGCGACAAGCCGGAGAGCGUUAGCGGCCCCCACAUCGAGCACUAUCUCAUGCCUUUUGGCAAGGGCUGGUUCGCAGGGCGGAACCUGGCCGUGUCUCAAGUAACCACCAAGUAUGUGCUGUGGGUGGACGACGACUUCGUCUUCACGGCGCGGACGCGGGUGGAGAGGCUCGUGGACGUGCUGGAGCGGACGCCGCUGGACCUGGUUGGGGGCGCGGUGCGCGAGAUCUCGGGCUUCGCCACCACCUACCGGCAGCUGCUGAGCGUGGAGCCGGGCGCGCCAGGCCGCGGGAACUGCCUCCGGCAACGGCGCGGCUUCCACCACGAGCUCGUCGGCUUCCCAGGCUGCGUGGUCACCGAUGGCGUGGUCAACUUCUUCCUGGCGCGCACGGACAAGGUGCGCGAGGUCGGCUUCGACCCGCGCCUCAGCCGCGUGGCGCACCUCGAAUUCUUCCUGGAUGGGCUUGGUUCCCUUCGAGUGGGCUCCUGCUCAGACGUCGUUGUGGAUCAUGCAUCGAAAUUGAAGCUGCCUUGGACGUCAAGGGAUUCUGGGUCAGAGACUUAUGCCCGGUACCGUUACCCAGGAUCACUGGACGAAAGUCAGGUGGCCAAACACCGCCUGCUCUUCUUCAAACAUCGGCUGCAGUGCAUGACCACAGAGUGACGGCCACUCAGGGCCUUCCAAUUGUCAGGCUGGGCCUGCCUCCUUGUCCCUGCCAGGAAAUUCUGGCAAACCCCACCACCCAGUGACCACUCCACUGACCGUCCCCAGUCUCCUUCAGAACUUGAUCCCAAAUAGGGGCUUGUCCUGGUGACACUCCUUUCUGUGAGUGCCCAGGGGUGUGAUGGAGCCAUAACUCAUCCCACAGCCAGUGCCAAGUCCUCCUCCCACCCCCUUCUAAAGGGGCAGGAAGUUGGGGGGGAGGUGCUUUCCAAGCGCCAAAGAGCCCUUGGGGACUCUAAGAACCUAAAAUGGAAACACUCUCCUCUCAUCUCCUUAGGACUGAGGGGGUGGGGAAAGCCCCAACAUGUAUUCCCAGGGCUGUGCCCCCAGCCUCCCAUCUCUGGCCCCAAGACUGUGUUGUACAUGCUCCAGCUCCACCCCUAUGGAGAGAACUGGUGACUCCGGAGCUGGGCUGGGCGCUGUGAACACACGGGUGAAAACCA